GAUCGGGAAGGGGGCGGGGCGUCGCGUCGCGUCGCGUCUUUUCUCCACCCUUCUCUUUGGUGGCUGUUCAGAGUAAACGAGAGGGCUCCCGGUAUCGGAGACUUCCAAGUGGUGGUAACAGUUCUCGGGGCUUCCACGGCUCCAGCAGCACUUGGGAAGACGGAGGGAGGGUUUCCCCAGAGCUGACGCAGCCCCGGCCGGGCCCAGCGAGGUCCGGUUUCUCCCAUUCCCUCGCUAUCCCAGGACGUUUGUUGGAUUCGGUCGCCCCUAGCAACCGAUAGUUCUUUGCCGCCGAGCUGCGCGUGCGCCGUGCACUCCGGGACGGUUCCGGAGUCCCCUUGGGCGGGGAUGGUUUAUCUCCACGUGAAGCGGGGCGAUGAAAGCCAAUUUCUGCUGCAGGCGCCUGGGAGCACCCCGAUCGGGGAACUCACCCAGCAGGUCACCAAGAUCUACAAUGGGAGGCUCAAGGUGGAGCGCAUUUGUUCAGAAAUGGAAGAACUAGCAGAACAUGGAAUAUUUUUACCACCUAAUAUGCAAGGACUAACAGAUGAACAAAUUGAGGAGCUGAAAUUAAAAGAUGAAUGGGCUGAAAAAUGUAUGCCAAGUGGGGGUUCAGUGUUUAAGAAGGACGAAAUUGGACGAAGAAACGGUCAUGCUCCAGAUGAAAAAAUGAUGCAAGUUUUGAAGAAGACUGUAGAAGAAGCUAAAGCAUUAAUAUCUAAGAAACAAGUGCAAGCUAAUGUAUGUGUUACUAUGGAGAUGGUGAAAGAUGCACUCGACCAGCUUCGAGGAGCUGUGAUGAUUGUUUAUCCAAUGGGAUUGCCACCAUAUGAUCCAGUUAGAAUGGAAUUUGAGAAUAAAGAAGAUUUGUCAGGAACUCAGGCUGGGCUCCAGAUCAUUAAUGAAUCAGAGGCACAAAUAUGGUGGGCAGCAAAGGAGUUAAAAAGAACUCAGAAACUUUCAGACUAUGUGGGGAAAAAUGAGAAAACUAAAAUCAUUGUCAAGCUUCAACAAAAGGGCCAAGGAGCUCCAGCCCGGGAGCCUGUUAUCAGCAAUGAAGAACAAAAACAAAUGAUGCUGUAUUAUUACAAAAGGCAGGAGGAGCUCAAGAACAAGAGACCUAGAAAUUAUUUACAUGAUGAAACAAAAGCCAAACAUGUAUUGGAUUGGGAGAUGGACAAAUUAGGCCGAACCUCGAGGAAGAGGCUUCCCAGGAAAAGGGAACAGCACGAGCAGUCGCCGCAGCCAGGGGAAAAGUCGGGGGAAGAGAAAGAAGUGCGCACGUGCUUACUGCAGUAUCUGGCAUGGCAGAGCGGUCACGUGGAGAGAGGAAGGCCCGGCUCUGAAUCCAGCUGCUGGCACACACCGGCUGGCCCUGGGUCAGAGCUCUCAGCAGAUCCAAGAUGGGCUUCUUAGCCGUCGUAUGUCAGAACCACUUCUGCCCUGUGAGCCUUUUCUUAGGGUUCUCAAGUGGAUAUGAUGCGCAGGAAGCCAAUUAAAAUAAAAAGGUGCAUUUUUGUAAA